AUCAUCUAUACCGAGUCAACAGUGCAUAGUGCCUAAUCGUCAAAGCGAAUCAUUUCCGCCCCAUUUGUAAAAAUGAUUCUGAUAAUGGUCCUUCAGCUUAUUUAUCAAAGACCCAACAAAAUUUGGUUGACAUGCUAGAAGAAAAGUUGUAAUUGCCUUGACUUAGCUAAAGCGUAAUCAAAUGAUAGCUUUUCCAAAAAAUUCAACGCAAUCAUUAUAAGAAAGGACCAAAGCCUACAAAUGAAGUAAAUUUCAACGCGCGCAAGGAUGUUCAAAUAAUCAAAUUGUAAGAAAUGGUCACAUUGCUAGGUAUUUUAUAAUUUGAACUUCGAACAUCAUAUCUCUGAACUCUGUAGAAAAGCUGAUUCAACUAUAGAAAGGUCAACUAAAAAUCCUCAAACGAUUUAUUUGCUCUAAUGAAAGGAAGAUUGAUGUCCAAGCUUUGUAUAUUCAGAUUUUGAUUAUUGCUCUCUUGAAUGGAAAAAUAUAUAAGGUCACUCCUUUGUUAAGAUUCUGAGCAGGUGUCUAGAAGAUAAAAGAAGGGUUUAGCAAAUGACCGUUCGUUGUUACUGCUAAUUCUAAGAUGAAGAAUGAAUGUGUACAUAAUUGCGUGCUUGCAUGAUUGAAGAACAAAUACAUGAACCUAAAUGACUAUGGACUUAAAACUGCCUCUAUUGAUGACAGUUUUUACACUGUUUCUGCAAGAUAAUACUCAACAUUGUAGAAUACUACGCGACAGCUGCCAACACUAUGCUAGAUUCAGGGUAAAAUGGAAUGGAUCUGCACUAUUCAUGUCAGUGCUAGCAACUUUCUAUGAUUUAACGCAGCCAGAAUGCAAAGAAAAAUGCAUUCAUAGUCCAUCUUGUAAUGCAGUAAAUUUUCACAAAAAUGGGACCUGCUUAAUAAGCAGUGAAACACCGACGGAUCCGGCAAGUAAUUUCUCAAGAAAGAGCCUUUCGCAACUGCAUGGCUGGAGCUUCAUAUCUACAAAUUUCAGUGACACUUUGGUGGGUAAAUAUUGCAUGAAAAAUAAACCUUGUGGAAAACAUUUUUGCAUAGACACUUGUAGAUGUCCUGGUUACAAAUGCAUUGAAUGUGGAACCGAUAUUAGUUACCCUUGUCCAGACGGCCAUAGAUUUCUGAUAAGUCAGGUGGACUAUGUUAAGACAUGUGUAAUAUUUGAUCAGGUAGCAUACAAGUUUUUAAGAAGUGUGGACUGCCCAGAGAGAUACUUUGUAUUCAAUGGUGAAUUCUUGAUAUAUCAAAGUUUACAAUUAUGUGUUGGGCUUCUUAACGGAUAUCGUUGGCUUGUGCCAAAGUCAUGCGGAUCCUUAGAUACAAGAUGGAUAAGAGAAAAACGAGGAUUUUUAUGGAAUGCCAGAACUCACAACUGCUUUUAUAAUCAUCUUCCAUGGGUAUAUGUGCAACCCGGCAGGACUUUAAAAACUUGCUAUGAAGAGGGAAACCAAUUCACAUUAGAUUGGUAUAGAGAAAGAUGAAUUGAAUUUGCAUGCCAAACUCUCGCGAACAAUUCAUAGUGAUCCAAAGCCUGGUCGUUUACCAAACGUAUAUUCUUUGGCAAUUUGUAGCCGGUAUAAAUAAAGUUCUUCGUUAAAGGACAUGACCUUUUGACUAUUUUAUGGCUUUUUCCAUUAAUCUAAAUUGUAUAUAAAUGUAACAAAUAUUUAUCUAUGUAAAAGAGUGGUACAAACAAGUCAAUGCCAGCUAUUAUUUUACAUUUUCACUGCCAGAAGAGGGAGUCAGAACAAAUGCUAACUGAGGCGUACCAGAUCAACUGGGAGUGCUUUUAAGGCACCCUAAGCACCCGAUGAAAGCAACCCUAAGCAAACAUCUGUGAUGGAUACUUUCAUAAUCAUAUCUAGUUUGAAUAGAUUGGUUGUUUAGUCAAAUUUCUUCAGACGCUCAAGAAUCUAUAACCUAAGACAUUGUUUGAACACUAUCAAAAAUUUAACAAAAUUAUGUUAAUAUAUUGUCCAUCUCCUUCGCAACCUCUCCGCUGCUAUUGAAAUAAAUAAGCUUGUGAAUAAAAUGUUGUGUAACAGGGAUAUGAUUAGACAAUUUAGCAUCCGUAGUCUCGUUUCCGUGCAUUUUCUUACAUUUUUUUUACAUUUUCUUAGCCCUUAGUCAUCAUUUGUUUGUGAAUAUAUAUUAAGUAUGUUAUUUUACAUGAAAAGUUAGUUGUUGCCGAGGUGGCAAAUCGUGACAAGUGCGUCUUUUGAUGCCUCUCAA